AUGGACUUUGCAAUUUGCGAAUCAUGUUUGAGUGGCCAAACCCGCCUCACCAGAGCUCCUAAUGGCGCUGAGUGCAAAAUCUGUACACUUCCUUUCACAGUAUACCACUUCAAAGCCAGCUCUAAGAUCAACAGAACUUUAAUAUGCCAUAACUGUUCUAAACAACGGAACAUCUGCCAAUGUUGUAUGUUAGAUCUACAGUGGCAGAUUCCCGUAGAGCUUCGAGACAGAGUACUUUCGGCAGUACAAGGCUCACAAGUCACCACUCAAGAAGCUCAAAACGAAAUGAUGAAGAGGUUCAUAGCGUUGAAAAAUGGAGAUUCGUACAAACUAGGCGGAGCUUCUAUCACCAGUGAUGCCGCAAGUACAGCACAAAUCCUGGAACGCAUACGGGGUACUUUGGCACAGAUAGAAUUACCAGGCGACAAGAGUAAGGCAGCCAAACCUAUCGUCGCGCCUAACAGUGCUAGUGAAGUCGAUAUCUCCCAUUUGAUCAAGAAGUUGCCGUUGAAGAACUCAUUGGAGACAGCUCAGUCUUUUUUCUUAUACAACAUCGACUCAUCAAUUCCUGAGUGGGCCAUAGUUGAAGCUGUUUCUGAAGUUGUUGAAACUUCAUCCUGGCAAGACCCCGUUUCCACAUCUGUGGUAAUAAACCACAUGGCUCGUUGUGGCGGUAUCAGAUUCAAAACCUCGGAACUAGCUAGUAAGUUUGUCAAUGGCAUAGAAGCUUUUCAAACUCCAGCAAAUGUAACUAAGGGUAAACUAGCGUUGCAGAAUUCCAAAAUACAUGUUGUAGCAUGGCCACACUUUCACAGAGCAGCUAUGGGAAAUAAAAAUUCAGAGUGCCUAAAGCUAGCGCAGGUACUAGAAAAACUGGUGCAAAAAGAUUUGACAACCGCCGGAGAGUCUGGCUCGAAAGCGAGACAAUCAAAAGUCGCCAAACCUAACAAGAAGCGGGCAUCUGUCAAAACCAAGAAGAAUAGAAGAGCAAUCGACAUCGAGCUUUAA